GCGGCUACUUUAGCAUGCAUGCUAACAUGUUGAGUCACGACUCUUUGGGCAAGCUUUGCCGCUCGAUGGACAAAAGACAACCGAGUCGGCGGCGUCUUCGCCAAAUCUCUCGUGUCCGUCCGCUCUCCGACGCGAGUGUGCCCCUUUUUAUUUGGUGUCGUUUGUUUAUUUUUGAAUGGGAAACGCGUCGGCGUCAGGGUUUUUCGGCGCUUGCAACACGUGACGGAGAAUCCGGAAGAAUUUGGCCAAAUCGGAAUAGAAACAAAACAGAUCAAGUUUGGACGCGGUUUGCAGCUGCCGCCGUUCUCCGAGACGGACGGACGGCCGGCCGGCCCAGGGGAAUUCUCUGUUGCCGUUCGGCCGCGAUGAAAACAACACGAGGCAACUUUGUCAGGCCAGGGCGUGGAACGGAUGAACGGACGCUGCGGGACUGUUGCGCCUCUCAUCGCUUCCAACGACGAGGCCGAGCGAGGACCGCGAUUCGUCGUCCGCACCGAAAACGAGCACAACGCUGCGGUUGCCGUCCGCUCGGCGCCCUCGGAAGGAAAUGACAACAUCCACAGGCGGCCAUGGCGCAUCGACGGGGGGGCGCCUGCGCGUGGAAGAGACACAUCUGCGAGCAGCUGAAGCUCCGAGACCGCCUGCAUCGGCACGCCUUCGAGGAGAUCGUCCAGCGGUACAAUCGUCUGCUGGAGAAGUCGGACCUGCGGGCCGUUCUGUCGGAGCGCUACCAGGCGGACAAGUACGAAGUCGCGCGAGGACACGAAGCCACGGCGGACGGCGGACGCGGCGACGCGCCGGCGCUGCAGCAGGAGAUGGCCGACAUGAGGAUCCGCCACCAGGAGGAGCUGACGGAGCUGCACAAGAAACGAGGAGAGCUGGCCCAGACUGUGAUCGAGCUCAACAACCAGAUCCAGCAGAAGGACAAGGAGAUCCAGAGCAACGAGGCCAAGCUGCUGGAGUACCAGCAGCAGAUGGCCGACCUGGAGGGAGACUGUCGAGAUCUCAACAACUGCCUGCAGGACUUGGAGCGAGCCAACCAGACUCUGAAGGACGAGUAUGACGCCCUGCAGAUUACCUUCAGCGCCCUGGAGGAGAAACUGAGGAAGACCACGGAGGACAACCAGGAGCUGGUCUCGCGUUGGAUGGCCGAGAAGGCUCAGGAAGCCAAUCGGCUCAACGCCGAGAACGAGAAGGACAGCAGACGCAGACAGGCUAAACUGCAGAAGGAGCUAGCGGACGCCGCCAAAGAACCGCUUCCCGUCGACCCGGACGACGACAUCGAAGUUCUGGCCGAGGAUUCCGGGAAGGGAGGCGGCGAGACGGCGAGCGAGCGAGCGCUCGGCAGAACGGCCAGUAAGAAAAUCUCCCAGCCGCCCCCUGGUGGUCUGCUGGACUCCAUCUCCAACAUCUUCGGGUGCGUCGACACGUUUGCGUGUUUUUGUGCGGCGGAACGAUCGCAUCUCUUGAGAGUCGUUGUCCUCCGCAGACGGCGAGGCGCCAACUCCUUCGGGACUUCUCCGGAAAACAGCCAGGCUCCGUCGGGGGCCUGCGUGGAGGUUCGGGUCCCGUCCACAGCGCUGCACGUUUUUGAAGCGCACGACGGCGAGGUGAACGCGGUGCGGUUCAGCCCCGGCUCGCGUCUCUUGGCCACGGGAGGGAUGGACCGCAGGGUGAAGCUAUGGGAGCUGGUCUCAGGUCGCUGUGAGCCGAAAGGAGCUUUGACCGGCAGCAACGCCGGCAUCACCAGCAUCGAGUUCGACAGCGCUGGUUCGUACCUGUUGGCCGCCUCCAACGACUUUGCCAGCCGCAUCUGGACUUUGGACGACUACAGACUGAGGCACACGCUGACCGGACACAGCGGGAAGGUCCUCUCGGCGCGCUUCCUGCUGGACAACGCUCGCAUCGUCUCGGGAAGCUACGACCGAACCCUCAAACUGUGGGACCUCCGCAGCAAAGUCUGCAUGAAGACGGUGUUCACGGGCUCCAGCUGCAACGACAUCGUGUGCACCGAGCAGUGCGUGAUGAGCGGACACUUCGACAAGAAAGUCCGCUUCUGGGACAUCAGGGCUGAGAGCAACGUGCGGGAGCUGGAGCUUUUGGGCCGGGUGACGUCUUUGGACCUGAACCACGACCGCACCGAGCUGCUCGCCUGCUCCAGAGACGACCUGCUCAAGAUCGUCGACCUGCGCGCAAACGCCGUCAGACAGACCCUCAGCGCUCAAGGCUUCAAGUGCGGCGCCGACUGGACCCGAGUGACCUUCAGUCCCGAUGGAAACUAUGUGGCCGGCGGCUCGGCUGACGGAGCGCUGUACAUCUGGAACGUUCUGACGGGGAAGGUGGACAGAACGCUGGACCGGAAUCACAACUCGGCCAUCAACGCCGUGUCGUGGUCGCCGUCGGGCGCGUACGUGAGCAGUGUGGAGAAGGGCAGCAAGGCCAUCCUGUGGUCCGACGUGUGACGGGAGGACCGGACCGGACGGGACGCCGCGCCGCGUCUCGCCUUCACAUGGGUGCCACGCGCGCACUUUUUUAUAAAUAACUGUCGGCAGCGUGCCCGAAUGCGACGGGCUCGGCCGUGACCUCGGCGUACAGAACGGAACUCUCCGUGUGUUUCCUGCGACUUGCCGUCAAUGUUCACUUGUCGACACGCUCUUGACUUCGUACACACGCAAAGCCAAUAAAGACGUCCGAGCUCGGCUCCGCUCGCUUCCUCGGCUUCAGCGAGAAGGAAGAAAGUUCAAGUGUGGAGAUGUGUGUGCGGGUUUCAUAAGCAGCUUAAUGCGUUUGUAUAAAUCCAGCUGGCUCGGGCGGUUCAUCACUCUUCAUCAUCAUCAUCAUCAUCAUCAUCAGGUGUGUCAUUCAGCUCCGUUGUAAUUCGAUCACUCUCUUGUAAGGAUUUUAUUUAAUGAAAUGGACCUUGUUUUUUGUUGCGCGGAUGUUUUUUCGUGCGUUCAUAAUAAAAGUCAUCCCUGCGUGA